UGAAGUCAACACAACAUAUCUUCUCCAUGCCCUGGUAAUCUUCACGACUCUAUCCAUUCGACUCACACAAACAAUAUCUGGUCAUCAACUACACAAUGUCAUCUCCCUCUACCACCCCCACCGUCCUCCUCAUCGGCACCUGCGACACCAAAUUGACCGAACUGCAGUAUACACGCGCUCAGCUCCUCUCCACCAACACUACCACCAGCACCAGAGUCCUCCUCCUCGACAUCGGCCGCGAGCCCACCUCGCACCCGGAAAUCGACAUCCCCGAAACGCCCACCGAGGCGUACGCCGCCCACGAACGCCAGGACUACAUGCAAAAAGUCACCGAAUUCACCACCCACCACGUCCAGCGCCUUUACGAAUCCCACCAGAUCCACGCCAUCCUAGCCCUGGGCGGCAGCUGCGGCACCACCGUCGCCGCCGCCGCCAUGCGCGACGCCCUCCCCAUCGGCUUCCCCAAGCUGAUGCUCUCCACCAUGGCCAGCGGCAACAUCGCCCCCUAUGUCCAGGAAACCGACAUCACCAUGAUGUACAGCGUCGUUGACAUCGCGGGCACGAACUCCAUUUUGACGCGUAUCCUGGAUAAUGCGGCCGCCGCGGCGGGGGCGAUGGCGGAGGCGUAUUUCCACCGCCAGCAGCAGCAGCCUGACAAUCGCGGUCAGCAGUCAACCAGACGCAGAAGGAUAGGGAUUACUAUGUUCGGCGUGACGACACCCUGCGUCGAUGCGAUGCAGAAACUGCUAACGCAGAAUCCGAAGACUGCGAGCGAGGUGUACAUUUUCCACGCCACCGGGUCUGGGGGCAAGGCGAUGGAGCGGCUCAUCCGCGAGGGCCAGCUCGAUGCUGUCAUCGACUUGACCACUUCGGAGGUGGUCGAUGAGAAGGUCGGCGGGGUGUUGAGUGCAGGCCCGCAACGGCUCGAUGCUGCGGCGGCCAGGGGAAUUCCGCAGGUGGUUAGUGUCGGGGCGUGCGAUAUGGUGAAUCACGGGACCAGAGAGACCGUCCCUGAAAAGUUCAAGGGCAGGCGCAUAUUCGAGCAUAAUAAAACGGUGACGCUGGUGAGGACGUCCCCAGAGGAGAAUCAGAAGGUCGGGGAGUUUAUCGCAGAGAAGUUGAGGGCUGCGACGAGACCGGACAGAGUUGUUGUGGUGUUGCCGAUGGGGGGCGUGAGCCAGUUGGAUAAAGACGGGGGCCCGUAUUGGGAUCCCGAGGCAGAUGAGGUGUUGUUUGAUACCGUCGAGAAGGGUUUGAAGGGGUCUGGGGUGGAGGUCAUCAGGAGGGAGGAGCAUGUCAAUGAUGAGGCUUUUGCGAGGGUGUUGGUGGAGACAUUGGGGAGACUUAUGGGAUGUAACCUGAUCGAGUAGAUGUUGUCUUGGAGUCUCUUUCGUCUGUUGCAAUGACUGGAAUCUAAGGUUAGCUCGAUUCACCUGAGAGGUGAGGAUAAUGG